AUGUCGGAUCAGAAAGUCUUUGCCAGAUAUAAAGCAAAUGAAAUCGUCGCAGAUCUACAACAUUUUGGAGUAAAAAAGUUCAAAUCAAAUACAACGAGGAGGAAAAAUGCCCUGAGAAAAAUCAUCGCAAACUUAAUGCUGGGGAACUACGGUGAAAUGUCCCUUCUAUUUUCUGAGCUUUUGAAGUUUUGGCAAAUUGAAGAUGAUUUAGAAGUUAAAAGAAUUUGUCAUGAGUAUAUUCGAGUGAUGGGCGCCUUAAAACCCCAACAGGCCAAAGAGGCUUUACCUUACAUAAUGGACGAUUUCAAGAGCAGAGAUGAGAAGUUACAAAUGAUGGCAUUAAGAACUCUAGUGCUCGUCCCCUUGAGGGAAUUUUCUGAGCAAGCUUUCGACUGUAUCAUAUCAUUGGUAAAUCAUAAAUCUCCACCUGAAGAAGUGACAAGGACGGCAAUUUACGCACUAAUAGACUUGGAUGAAGUUGAUCAUGAAAGGGUCUUGGGAUUAUCAAGCAUUCUGCACGAGAUUAUAAGAUUACAAUCGAGUUCUCCAGGAGUUAUUGUAGCUUCAUUGCAUACUUUAUAUUCCAUUCACGAAAAAAAUUCUAAUAUGGAAUCCUUCAAACUUUCUUUGGAACUCGCCUUUAGCAUGCUAGAAUUACUACCUGAUUUAAAUGAGUGGAACAAGGCCACCGUUUUGGAAAUUUUAACAACUUCAGUUGUGCCGCAGCAUUAUUUGGAUACCCAUGAAAUGAUCGAAUUGGCUUUACCAUACCUGCAACAGGUUAACACAUACGUAGUGUUAAACGCUCUAAAAUUUAUCAUGUAUUUGCUGAACUAUAUUGAUGUGAUAAAAGAAAGUUUAGCCGAAAAGCUAUCUAAUUCGGUGAUAGCUUUGCUGGAUAAACCACCAGAAUUACAAUUUCUAGUAUUAAGAAACGUUAUUCUUCUUUUAUUGAGCAGGGAAUCAUGUCUGCUCAAACUAGACAUCUCGUAUUUUUUCAUCGAGUACAAUGAUCCUAUAUAUAUCAAAGACACAAAAUUAGAGUGUCUCUAUCUUUUAGCCAAUAAAGAAACUUUGCCAAGAAUCCUAGAAGAGUUGGAACAGUAUGCCACGGACAUAGAUAUUCAAAUGUCAAGAAAAUCGGUCAGAGCCAUUGGCAAUCUGGCUGUUAAACUAGAUGAAGAUUCUGUACAUAGUUGUGUUGCUGUACUUUUAGAUUUGUUGGAAUUUGGCGUUGAUUAUGUUGCCCAAGAAAUCAUAUCUGUUUUCAGGAAUAUCUUGAGGAAAUAUCCAAAUAAUUUUAGAACAAAUGUAACAGAAUUAGUCAAACAUACUGAAGUUGUACAGGAACCCGAAUCGAAAAACGCUAUGAUCUGGAUAAUUACGCAGUAUUCGGAUAUAAUUCCAAACUAUUUAGAAUUAUUCAGAGUUUUUUCUUCAAACAUUUUUAGUGAGACGCUAGAGGUCCAAUUCUCCAUCUUAAAUUCAGCAAUAAAAUUUUUCGUUAGAUGUCCUACAAAGGAAACUGAAGAACUUUGUAUGGAUUUGUUAAAAGGCUGUACUGAUAAUGGAAACAAUCCGGAUCUAAGAGAUAAAACCUUUAUGUAUUGGAGGUUGCUAUCAUUAACCAAAACAUCUCGUAUAUCGAACCCACUAACUUUUGAAUCUUUAAAAUCAGUACUAGAUGGGGAAUUACCACUAAUAGAGAUGAAUACGAAAUUAGACCCUACUGUUUUGGAAGAAUUGGAAUUAAAUAUUGGUACGAUAGUGUCGAUUUACUUAAAACCUGUUUCCCAUAUCUUCAGGUUAAAUAAAACGAAAUUGCUACCAUCAAGUCCUAUUUUGAAUUCAAAUAAGGAUCUCUCGUCAGGCGUCGGUAGUUUACUUCCAUCAACUGGAGCUAAUAAGAACCUUCAAAAUUCUGAGAGUGAAUCUUCAAUAAAGUCCAGAAAAACCGUGAUGAUGGAUGACUAUGAUAAACCUGCUGAAAAAAUCAAUCAGUUAAAAGGUAAGCGUAAAUAUAGUUCAAACAACCCCUCAAAACUAUCACGAAAACCCUCUACUCUACUUAGAAAGCUUUCAAUGAAGCGGCCGUUUUCGUGA